UUGCGUCUAGUGGAUAAAAAACGCCUUGGAGUAGUCAGCAAAGAGGUAAUGGAAAAGGAAAGACAGACAAUUAUGACUACUAAACUAACCUGGGAGGAAUACCAAAGAAUUAAAGACAUUAAGAUACUGGACUUAGAGUUCUGUGAUUAUUGGCAUGUUAAUAUCCUUAAUCUAGGGAAUGUGCUGGGGUGUGAAUUGGUGCGGAGGAGAGUAAAGAGAGGAGAGGAACCACCGAAACCUAACCGACCUUAUGAUUUAGCCAAUUGCUAUUUAUGCGGGAAAGAGUUAAAGAGUGCUAGUAAAAAAGGGAGUUUUAUAAGAGGAUGGUGGGGUGGCAGAGGAAGAAGUGGAGGGAGUAUCGGAGGAGGGG